AUGACCAUCUUCACCUGGAACAUCAACCACACCCGGCUGAUGGUGGUGGAGGAAUGGUGUGUUUACUAUGUGAACUCUGAGGACAGUGGCUGGACCGAAAUCCACUGGGAAGCUUGGGUCUCCUCUAGCUUAUUUGGCAUCUCCCGAGCUGUCCAGGAAUUUGGUCUCACCUGGUUCAAAAGCAAUGUGACCAAGUCAGUGAAGGGUUUUGAAUACAUCUUGGCCAACCUGCAAGGCCCUUCCUGGCAUUUCCCACUUGUUGACCAGAAGCUCCUGUACCGGAGACUCCUUACCAAGACCAACAGGAUGCCCCGCUGGGCCAAGCGACUAUUUCCUGCAAAUGUUGCUCACUCGGUGUACAUCCUGGAGGGUUCUAUUGUGGACCCACAGAACCAGACCAUGACCAUCUUCACCUGGAACAUCAACCACACCCGGCUGAUGGUGGUGGAGGAAUGGUGUGUUUACUAUGUGAACUCUGAGGACAGUGGCUGGACUGAAAUCCACUGGGAAGCUUGGGUCUCCUCUAGCUUAUUUGGCAUCUCCCGAGCUGUCCAGGAAUUUGGUCUCGCCUGGUUCAAAAGCAAUGUGACCAAGUCAGUGAAGGGUUUUGAAUACAUCUUGGCCAACCUGCAAGCCAAGGAAGCCAAGCAGACUAAGGGGAUGGCCCUGGCAGCUACAGAGAAGCCAAGGACCUUGCCAGCAGCAGUUUGUGUAGCCAGCUCAGACCCUGGUCUUGGAGCCACUGAGUCAAUGGAAAACACAUUUUCUGGAGUCACUGAAGCAAUUAAAGCAAUUGUGCUGUCCUGGUCUCCAGGUAAAGAGGAAUGUGUUUUGAAAGACCAGUAA